AUGGACCGGGUUAGAGCUGUUUCCCAGCCUCGUGGCACAGGACCUGGGGGAAGGGACCAGGCGGGGGCCAAAGGCCUAAGUCCCAUCCAGAGGUCAUCAGGGGAAGUUGGAGGGCCGUAUGUGGGCCGAAGGCGUAAGACCCAGCAAGAUGACAUCAGCCUAAGUUGGAGGGCCGAGGGCGUAAGUCCCAUCAAGGGGCUAUCAGUGUCCAGGUCUGGGGCCAAUUUUGUAAGACCCAUCCAGCUUUGUCUGCACAACCUGCUGCUCUGUCUGUGUAGAGUGUCACACGAGAAGAUGCUGCAAUGCUCCAUGGGAGCUCUGCUUCUCCUCUUACCCUGGUUUGGUGGCCUGGUCCUGGGAGAGAUCAGCAAUAACUUCUCCCAGUGCUUUGACUUCUUCCAUAAGGAAACUCCACCCACAGGUAUCCUAGGACAGUGGUACCAGCCAAUAUGCCAGCGCUAUCAAGGCCAGUACCGCUUUGCAACCCUGUAUCACCGCCAGCAUCGUUCACCUCUGUACUCUGCGUACAUACUCAGUCCUCCAGAAGGCACGUCGGACAAAACCAAGCGGGUCUGGUUGUUUGAACCCCAGUUGGCGUUUCCCGGUGCCGAUCCAGAGAUGAAAGACUUCCCCCCUCCUAUCUCCAUGUACCAGAAUGUGACUGAGAGCCAGGCGGUGGAUGAGGACUACAAGGACACCAACUACACCAGAGGCCACCUCAAUCCAAACCAGCACCAGGGGAUAGCACAUGACCGCCAGGCAACCUUUACACUGACUAACAUUGUGCCACAGCAUGAAGGCUCCAACAACGGACCGUGGAGUGAUUUUGAGAAGGAGGUUUUAAGAAAAUUCAAUUCAUACUGCAACGGGACUAUGCAUGUGAUCACCGGAGUCAUGCCGUACAGGCCUGAAACGCUCUUGAUGAAAGGCAGGGUGUCUGUCCCUGAGUACAUGUGGUCCGCCUACUGCUGCCCAUCCCUCAAAGUCAAACUUCCCAUGGACAUGAAGGCCUCUUUCCCCACACAUGCUGCAGUGGGAAGGAAUGAUCCCAAAAGUGGACAGGAGUUUGUGCCAGUUAACGUCAAUGUGAAAAAGGAGGAUAGGGGCUACGGGGUGAAGCGCAUGUCCUUAGAGGAUCUGGAGAAGAUCCUGAGCCAGAGGCUGGGUGGGACCAUCAAUCUGUUUAAUGGACAGUGCAAAUGGUAAAUGUCUCUGUGGUGGGUGUGCACUGCUGUAUUCACCAUGCACAGCAAAUUUUCUUCUUUAAUUACUUAAAUAACCGUUCUAAUCAGGAAAGGAAAUACAUUUUUUCAAUGGUUUAAUUUUUCAAAUUAUAUUUUUCCUUAUUAUGUUGUCAUCCCGGAACUGACCCUGUGAUUUUACUAAUGAAACAAGACAUAAACUGGUGAAGGGCCUUCUGAUUAAACAAAAUGAAUUUUAAUUCUCUGUUGAAGUAUCCACCCACUAACACCUCCAUAUAAAAUGGUUGCACAUUUCACACUUUGUACUUUCCGUAUGUACUGCAGCAGGCAGACGCCAGCAGGAUGUUGUAAAGUACAAAUUAUGCUGAGCAACAAGUAAC